AUUAUCAGUGGCAAGAUGGUGGCCACCAGAAGAGGAACACGCGUUGGCUCCCCUGUGAAAAAUAAAAGCGAUGAAAGCUCAGGAGCAACGGUUCCCAUUUCUUCUUCAAGACCAACACGUCGCAAAAUUGCAAUGGAGGAGAACCAGACUCAAUCCGAGCUCACUGGUGAUUCCCAGCCGGGUGAACCAAAGGACGACAGUGCUGCCCCUACUAUACCAGCCACUCCCCCUAAGCGAGAGACCAGAAGAUCCACUCGUCGCCCUGUUGACAAAAAACAACCAGACUCUACCCAUGAAGCCGAUGUUUCAGAUUCAGAGUCCUGCUGCUCUGUAGCCUCGAAUGUGCAGGCGACACCUAGAACUCGAUUGAGGACUGUGGCUCGAAAUAAACCUGAAGUUCCUUCAAAAGAUGACGAAUCAGAAGUGGAAUCCUGCUCAUCUGCGGUUUCUGCGACCCGAACGCGAAGAUCCCUGAGGAAACGUGUGCAGACUCCAGCAGCAUCCAAAGCCCCUAAGACUGAGGACGGUGAUCUGUCCGAAGCAGAGUCUUGGAGCUCUGCGAUCUCUCUCACCAAGGUUAUAGACACUCGCAGGAUAACUAGGAGUCGCAGGAAAACUGCCGUCGUGGCCAAAGAAGCAGAUCCAUCUGAACCCGAGUCAUGUUCUUCCAAUGUUUCUUGCUCAGUGGUUCGCAGGUCCACACGAAUUCGGAGCGGGAAACCAACCGAGCCGAUCCCUUUGAGCUUAGAGGACUCCACGGAUGUCCCAUCCUCUCCAGUGUCAAAGAGGCUAAUAGACCGGAUACGCAAGACAGAGUCGGGACCCGCGGAAGAGGUUUGCGACUCUGACGAAUACAAGUCUGGUCCUAGCACGAGUCCCUGGAGAUCAGGUAGGCGUCAGGCGAGACGGGGCGCUGUGGUUGGCGAUUCAGAUUCUGAAUCGGCAGCUACCGAUGUUUCUUUGAGAGGAAGGGGGACUCCUUGCAGUAGCCGAACUGGCUCUGCCAGUAGUAGCCGUGCCGUUCCUGUAACCAGGACAAGAAGUAAAGCAAGCGUUACGUCUGAUUUGGUUGAGGAAGAGGAAAAGGGUGAGGAGCAUGGACCACUACCUUCUCAGUCAGAAAGUGUUGUGGCACCAAAUGCAGAUGACACGGAGGAACUAAUGGACAGUACCAUGACUGAGGAAACAGCUACAGAUAUUACUUUAGUUCUUGAUCCGGAUGAGCCUGUUCAGGGAAGUUCGGAUGCACAAGUUGACACACUAGAACCUCAGCACAUGCCAGAAACCGAUGCUCCGCUUGGUGCUGUUUCUGUACCUGAUAGCGCAAAGCUAGAGGAACGCUGUGCGACUGAAAAACAGACGCAUGGGGAAAAAGCGAUGGAUGAAUUGGCAGUCACUGAGGACAAAGAAGAGGCCGCAGAUGUUGCCAUGGAGAAUAAUGAGCCAGAGUUUGUGAAAGCGAAGGAUGAUGCUGUGCAAUGUCUGGUUGAGAAAGAUGCUGAGGAGAUUGUAUGUGAAGAUGAAGAUGUAGCAAAUAAAAUCGUUACGGCAAGCGUGCACGAAACAUCCAUAUUGGUAAAUGAUGCAGAACACCCAUGCUCAAGCUCACAAGUCAAUUUAACUGCGACAGAGCAACUACAUAAAAUAUCUCAUACGGGUAAAGAAAGGAUCAGUUUACUAGACAGCAGUGAGGAUGAGGAGGGUUCUGAUGAAGGUCUGUCUGCAGAUGAAGAGGAGGGUUUUUCACAGGAAGCUGUGGAUGGGAUCUGCGAAGAAGAAAUGAUGAGCCCUGAUGAAGGUCAGUCGUCGGUGAAUCACAGUAAUGGACUGUUUGUCAUAGACACAAGGCCCGGACUUCAGCCUGAUGAAAAGUACUACGUUGAUGCAAAGCAAAUCGAGGAUGUGGAUGAAGAGGAAUUUGUUGAUGAGGAGGAGGAUGACGAGGAUGAAGAUUCUGAAGUGCUCUUUACACCAAGAAGAUCUUUGACGCAGUUUUCAAGUACUAUUGACCCAGGUCUGAAAAUAAAGGAACUUGGUGGUUUGUACAUCACUUUUGAUGGAAGCAAGUCAAAACAUCUUUCCAGUGGUUUGAAAACUCAGGACAAAAAUAAAGUAGAUGAGUUGCUGAAGAAAAGUGUAAUUGAUGCUGAUUUUGAGAAGAAAGAUGCUGCGCCUCCAUACAAAGAAUCAAAGAAUGCUGCUAAACUUAAGCGAAAGAUGGAACGAGAGAAGACCACUGGUGAUGGCUGGUUUAACAUGAAGGCCCCUGAAUUAACAGAAGAGCUCAAAAAUGAUCUGAAGGUCCUGAAGAUGCGCUCAGCUUUGGACCCAAAGCGCUUCUACAAGAAGAAUGACAGAGAGGGAUUUCCCAAAUACUUUCAGGUGGGUACAGUGGUUGACAGCCCUGUAGACUUCUAUAGUUCCCGAAUCCCUAAGACUCAGAGAAAGAGGACAGUCGUGGAGGAGCUGCUCGCUGAUGCAGAGUUUAGAAGCAAUAACAAAAAGAAAUACCAGGAGAUCAUGACAGAAAAGGCAGCACAGGCGGCUGGCAAGAUGAACAAAAAGAAGCAUAAAUUCCAUAAAAAGAAAAUAAAUAAAUAAUUCCUUUAGACACAUCCAACAUUUCUUUAAGUCUUUUUAGUCAUUGAACAAUAAUUGUACAAAUACAUUUUGACAUUCAUACCAUAUAAAAUGCUUAUCUGUACAGCAGAACACCAGUGCAUAUAAAAAGAUUUGUUAGGGCAGAUGAUGUACAUCUCGCUGACUUUGUAUUCACAAUAAAUCAAGUCAUGAAACUA